UUCAGUUUUAACAGUCGGCUGUGUAACAAAUAAAUUCUUAAUUUCAGAUGCAGCUGUCCCUCGUGUUACUCCAAACAGACUGCAGCACUUCGAAUAUGAAUCUGUGUCUUUGCAUUGUGAUGGCUCCACUCAGCUGAGAGGGUUUAGGAAUAAUGAAGCGUUUAAUCCAGCAUGUGUAACAAAGAUGACAUCAUCAGGUUCCUCCUGUGUGUUUGAUAAAGUCUAUCAAGGAGACAGUGGAGUGUACUGGUGUGAGGCUAAAGGAGGAGAGCGAAGUAAUACUGUUAACAUCACAGUCACAGGUGGUUCUGUGAUCCUGGACAGUCCGGCUCUUGCUGUGCUUGAAGGCAGCAGUGUCACUCUUCUCUGCAGAAAAAAGACAACUUCCACCAACUUUGCAUUUUUCUACAAAGAUGAUGUCAUCUUGGAAAAAAGAGCUGUAGAAAAGAUAAGCAUUAACAAUUUUUCAAAGCUGAAUGAAGGCCAUUACAAGUGCAGCAUCCCUGAUGUUGGAGAGUCACCAGAAAGCUGGCUGGCUGUGAAAGCGUUAUCUGCAUCGCCUCAUGAAGACACUCGCCCUCAUGGUUCUGACUACAAAUAUGUCAUCGCCCUGCUUUGGACUGCCAUCAUCAUUUUGAUCAUGAUACUGGUGACUGUGCUGGUUCGAUUUCUUCAUACGGGGAAAGGCAGAGGAUUUCUGCUUUUCUGUUCGUCACCUUUACAAAGGAGAACAACAGCAGCGUCCAUCUCAACGGAAGCCAAUCCAGCAGGAUUUCUUGUUUUCUGUUCAUCGCUUUUACAAAGGAUGCUAACAAGCACAUCACACUCUGCUGAAGCCAAUACAGCAGAUGAUUCGGAUGAACUUGUGUACUCCACUUUAACCAUUCGUGGGGCACAACAAAGUUGCCAGCCAGAAGAAUCAGACUUGUUGAGCUCCACAGUGACUUCCAGAGAAGGUGAAGGCCCAGGCCUCCCAGUGAAGGAAGAAAUUUAUUCCUCUAUCCGGAUUGCCACAGAGAGCAGUGACACCUGACUCCAAAAGUGGAGGAGUUCUCAAUUUAAAGCUGUGCUGAAAAUCUGAAAAAGAACAAGAAAAAUGUUUGUAUUUAAAACUGUAACUGUAAUUUUGACAGUACUUUUUUUUUUUUGUUGUUUACCUUUAUGGGACCUGCAGCCUUCCCCUGAUGCGGACGAGAAGAAAGUUUGAUUGUUCUACUUGUUGUUCUAUAUGGUCGGCGCUUGAGUGUCUCCAACUUUCUCACGAUGACUAACAGGGUGUGCUAUAAAGCUGAAACUGAAUGCUAUCCCCCAUGUAUAGAAUAAAGUGACAUAAAAGUGAUAUUACUAAAACAUGUGAUCAACAGAUAAAAUAAAUUUCAAUCAUAAUGACAACAUUUAGAUAUAAUUCAUUUCAAUUAAAUUUUAUUUAUAUAGCAAAGUCAAAGUUCAUUAUGUUGUUAAGUAAAGAUCGUACAAUAAUACAGAGAAAACCCCAACAAUCAAAAAACCUCAAUGUGAGUCCAGUUCCUUGGUGGCAGUGGGGAGGAAAAACUCCCAUUUAACAGGAAGAAACCUCCAGCAGAACCAGGCUCAGGGAGGGGUGACCAGUUGGUGCAUAUAACAGCAUUAAAGUUA